AGGGCAGCGGCGGAGGCGAGGAGCGCCGGGUACCGGGCCGGGGGAGCCGCGGGCUCUCGGGGAAGACGCGGAUGAUGAACAAGCUUUACAUCGGGAACCUGAGCCCCGCCGUCACCGCCGACGACCUCCGGCAGCUCUUCGGGGACAGGAAGCUGCCCCUGGCGGGACAGGUCCUGCUCAAGUCCGGCUACGCCUUCGUGGACUACCCCGACCAGAACUGGGCCAUCCGCGCCAUCGAGACCCUCUCGGGUAAAGUGGAAUUGCAUGGGAAAAUCAUGGAAGUUGAUUACUCAGUCUCUAAAAAGCUCAGGAGCAGAAAAAUUCAGAUUCGAAACAUCCCUCCUCACCUGCAGUGGGAAGUAUUGGAUGGACUUUUGGCUCAGUACGGGACAGUGGAGAAUGUCGAACAAGUGAACACAGACACAGAAACUGCCGUUGUCAACGUCACAUACUCCACAAGAGAAGAAGCAAAAACAGCCAUCGAGAAGCUCAGCGGGCAUCAGUUUGAGAACUACUCCUUCAAGAUUUCCUACAUCCCGGAUGAAGAGGUGAGCUCCCCUUCGCCCCCUCAGCGAGCCCAGCGUGGGGACCACUCUUCCAGGGAGCAAGGCCACGCCCCUGGGGGCUCUUCUCAGGCCAGACAGAUUGAUUUCCCGCUUCGGAUCCUGGUCCCCACCCAGUUUGUUGGUGCCAUCAUCGGAAAGGAGGGCUUGACCAUAAAGAACAUCACUAAGCAGACCCAGUCCCGGGUAGACAUCCACAGGAAGGAAAACUCGGGGGCCGCAGAGAAGCCUGUCACCAUUCAUGCCACCCCAGAGGGGACCUCUGAAGCAUGCCGCAUGAUUCUUGAAAUCAUGCAGAAAGAGGCUGACGAGACCAAACUCAGUUUGAAUAUAUCAUCCCACUCUCUUCUGGCCUGCAAAGUUUCUGCUGAGAAAUCCACCGAUAAUAUGGAAACUCCUGGAGCUGAAGAAAUUCCUCUGAAAAUCUUGGCCCACAAUGGCUUGGUUGGAAGACUUAUUGGAAAAGAAGGCAGAAAUUUGAAGAAAAUCGAACAUGAGACUGGGACCAAGAUAACGAUCUCAUCCCUGCAGGACUUGAGCAUUUACAACCCCGAGAGAACCAUCACUGUGAAGGGCCCGGUCGCAGCCUGUGCCCACGCGGAGACUGAGAUCAUGAAGAAGCUCCGCGAGGCCUUUGAAAACGACAUGCUGGCUGUUCAUCAACAAGCCAAUCUGAUCCCGGGGUUGAACCUCAGCGCACUUGGCAUCUUUUCAACAGGACUGUCCGUGCUGCCUCCACCAGCAGGGCCCCGAGGAGCUCCCCCCGCUCCCCCCUACCACCCCUUCGCUACGCACUCCGGAUACUUCUCCAGCUUGUACCCCCCUCACCAGUUCAGCCCGUUCCCGCAUCAUCACUCCUACCCAGAGCAGGAGAUUGUGAAUCUCUUUAUCCCGACCCAGGCUGUGGGGGCCAUCAUCGGGAAGAAGGGGGCGCACAUUAAGCAGCUGGCCAGAUUCGCCGGGGCCUCCAUCAAGAUCGCCCCGGCCGAAGGCCCAGAUGUCAGCGAAAGGAUGGUCAUCAUCACAGGCCCCCCUGAAGCCCAGUUCAAGGCCCAGGGGCGGAUCUUUGGGAAACUCAAAGAAGAAAACUUCUUUAACCCCAAAGAAGAGGUGAAGCUGGAAGCCCACAUCAGAGUGCCCUCUUCCACAGCUGGCCGGGUGAUUGGCAAGGGCGGCAAAACCGUGAACGAACUGCAGAACUUAACCAGUGCAGAAGUCAUCGUGCCUCGCGACCAAACACCAGAUGAAAAUGAGGAAGUGAUCGUCAGAAUCAUCGGGCAUUUCUUUGCUAGCCAGACUGCACAGCGCAAGAUCAGGGAAAUCGUGCAACAGGUGAAGCAGCAGGAGCAGAAAUAUCCUCAGGGAGUCGCCUCACAGCGCAGCAAGUGAGGCUCCCACAGGCACCAGCACAACCACGGAUGAAUGUAGCCCUUCCAACACCUGACGGAACGAGACCAAACACAGCCAACCACAUUGGGAGCAAACCAAAGACCAUCCUGAGGAACGAGAAGUCUGCGGAGGCGCCGGGGACUCUGCAGAGGCCCCGAGACUCUGAGGGGCCGGGAGGGGGGCGGAGGGAGGCGGAGGUUGGCGGGGCCAUCGGCCAGCCUCCUGCUGCCCCCGAGAGCCUCUGCAGGCUUCCCGGCGUCCACUUCACCAUCCACUCGGAUCUCUCCUUGACCCCCACCACGCUAUCCCUUUUAGUUGAACUAACAUAGGUGAAUGUGUUCGAAGCAAAGCAAAAUUCACACCCUUUUCUUUUUCUGUGGGAAAUUGUCUCUGUACAUGUGUGUACAUAUUAGAAGGCGAAAGAUGUUAAGCUACGUGGCCUGUGGGUUACACAGGGUGCCUGCAGCGUUAAUAUAUUUUAGAAAUAAUAUAUCAGAUAACUCAACUAACUCCAAUUUUUAAUCAAGUAUUAAUUUCUUUUUCUUCGUAAAGAGAAAGCAGGCUUUUCUAGACUUUAAAGAAUAAAGUCAUUCUUUGGGAGGUCCAAUGGGUUAGUAAGGAGCUCCGAGGCCCCCUCCACACGAAAUUCACCCAGAGGGCAAUCCCGGCAGAAAGGUACUCACCGCAGGCCUGGGUCACCUGUGUAUGUCAACGGAAGGGAUACCGUCUCUCUGAAGGGGAGACUCCGUCUCUCCUCAUCCCUGUCUAGCUCACACGGCCAUUUCUCUUUGCUUCACAAGUUUCAAACUGGUUUUUGCAUACUGCUAUAUAAUUCUCUGUCUCUCUCUGUUUCUCUCCCCGUGUCCUUUCUCCCCAACCCUCCCGCUUCUCCACGCCCGUUCUUUUUAAUUCCCACAUCCCUCUGUCUCAGUUCCACUCCGUCUGCACCCCCUACCCCCAGGCAAAGCAGUGCUCUGAGUAUCACAUCGCACAAAAGGAACAAAAGCGAAACACACAGACCAGCCUCAACUCACACUUGGUUACUCAAAAGAACAAGAGUUAAUGGUACUUGUCCUAGCAUUUUGGAAGAGGAAAACAGGAACCCGUCAAACCAACCAAACAAAAAUUCUGCAAAGAAAGAAUAUAUUUUGUCUUUUUACAUUUUGGUGUAUAAGCCAUCAAUUUUCAGCAAAAUGAUUUUCUUUCUUUUAAAAAAAAAUGUGGAAGAAAAUAGCAAUUUACAUGAGGUCGUUGGCCCAGGGCGUUAAAUUUACAGAUUUUUUUAACGAGAAAAACACACACAAAAAAAAACUACCUCAGGUGUUUUUUACCUCAGCACCUUGCUCUUGUGUUUCCCUUAGAGAUUUUGUAAAACUAAUAGUUGGAGCAUUUUUUUAUUUUUUUAAUAAAAACGAGUUGGAGAAGAUAGUAAGACACCAGCCGCCAGCCCGGAGGAGGUGACGGCCCAAGUGUGCGACAGCCGUUCCGCUCGAUCGUCUUCCGCCAGCCAAGAGCCCACGUGGCCUUCUUUCGGACAAACAUUGAAAAUGUGUAUUAAAAACCAAAAAAGUGACAAAGAAAAACAGAGAGAGAAAAUGUCGGAGAUGUCCUGGAUUUCCAUAGGGUCCGCGCCAUUGGGCUUUCUGUGCUAAAGGAUGAACAAGGACUGGUUUAUGUGAACAAGCCGUUUGACCACCAGACUGCAAUGCCCAUUUCCUCUACUGCAAACAGUGUUCUGUGACAAAAACAAAAACAAACAAAAAAAAAGAAAUAUAUCCAGCUAACAAGA